GGCGCACUUACUCAAUAGAAUGACCCCAAAGUGGCACAAACUAGUGGAAAAAUGUUCCAGGGCGGAGGUCACGUGAGAGUCUCCGUUCAGUUUCACUCAAAAUGUCACCGGGGCGGAGGGGAGGGAGGAGAGGAAAGGAGAGGGGGGCGGAUCGACUGGAGAGAGGAGUACGGGAAUGACAGUGGAUACGUCAUUCCCGUGGGCGUCGACACACCUGGGGAAUUACACGAACGCGCAACCGUGUCGCUGCAUUUUUUUUUUCGUUGUCGUUGUUGGUCAGCGCCCCCCCCCCCCCUCCCUUCCCCCAAACGAGGUGCCGCUUCUGCGUCGAGCUCGCGCCGCGGAACAACAAACGCGCAACAUGUACACGACGGAGCGCAGGAGAAUGAGCCUGCACGACCAGCGCCGCAAGGACCCCGUGCGCGUGUCCGCCGGCAGCCUGUGGCAGGACGCCUCGUCCGUGGACCCGAGCGGUGGCGGCGGCGCGGCGGCGGCCGCGGGGAAGCAGCUCACCUCCCCGCGCAGCCGGACCCGCGCCGUGUCCGUGGCGUACGUCGUGAACGAGGACGCGUCGGCGCCGCACGGCGAGGAGAGCUUGACUCUCAGCUGCCUGAAGGAAGCUUGCGCCGACGCGCACGCGCUUCUCAAAACUAUUUCGUUCGAGAGGUUAUCUUUGGGCACCACAGACAUUCUGGAUAGUUUCUACAACGCAGAUGUGGCCGUGGUGGAGAUGAGCGACUCCUUCUGCCAGCCUUCCCUUUACUAUCACCUGGGAGUGAGGGAAAGUUUCAGCAUGACCAACAACAUCAUUCUAUACUGCUACAAGCAGGAUAGUGACGUGCAGGCGCUCAAGGAGCAGUGUGGCACUUACACGUUCAUCCCGUACGUGGUGUCGCCUCAGGGCAAAGUGUUCGCCUGCGACGCCACCACCAUGAUGAGCGCCAUCCAGGACCUGAUGCAGCCCAGUUUCCAGCUGGAGCCCCUGCUGACCCCGCUGGUGGAGAGAGUGGUGCAUCUGCUGAACAACGUGCAAGUUCAGUCCAGCGAGUACUUCCAGGAGUCCAUCAGGCACGAGAUCCGCACGGCGCGCGAGCGCUUCAGCGGCCGGGCCCUGAGCGACGAGCUGAGCCGCAUCCAGCAGCGGCUGGACAGCGUGGAGCUGCUCACCCCCGACAUCGUCAUGAACCUGCUGUUGUCCUACAGGGACAUCCAGGACUACGAUGCUAUAAUCAAACUGGUGGAGACGCUCAACGACCUGCCCUCGUGUCUGGUCGCGAAACACCAGAACAUCAAAUUUAACUACAUAUUUGCUCUGAACAGGAGAAAUAAGCCCGGAGAUCGCGCCAAGGCCCUGGGGGUCAUUCUUCCCAUCGUGGAGUCGGGGGUCAAUGUGGUGUCGGACAUCUACUGCCUGUGUGGACGGAUCUACAAGGACAUGUUCAUGAGCUCCGGCUUCACCGAUCAGCGCAGCAGAGACCAGGCCUGCUACUGGUAUGGAAAGGCUUUUGAGAUGGAGCCAACUCUGCACUCGGGCAUCAACCACGUGGUCCUCCUGAUGGUUGCUGGACAUGAAUUUGACACUUCCAUCGAGAUGCGCAAAACAGGCGUGACUCUAAGCACCCUGCUGGGCCGGAAAGGAAGCUUGGAGAAGAUGAAGGACUACUGGGACGUCGGCUUCUACCUCGGAGCCAACAUCCUCGUCAACGAGCAUCAGAAAGUCACCUCGGCCUCAGAAAAACUCUACAGGCUGCAGGCGCCGGUCUGGUACGUGGCAUCCAUCAUGGAGACCUACAUCCUGUACCGGCAGUUUGCAAAGCUACCUGAGGUGAAAUCCGCUAAACAAGACACCAUGGACUUCUGGAUGGACCUGCUUCUGCAGACCUGUAGGCCCACUGACUUCACGGGCCGCUGCCCAGUGCUCAUUCUGGAGCCCAGCAAAGUCCUCCAGCCAGCUAUGGUGUGCGUGAGCGAGGAGGACCGAAGUCGCACCGUCCAGUUGGAACACGUCACGCCCGUGAAGAAAGGCCUACACCAGUGGACUUUCCCAGCGUCUGCAAUCCGCGGAGUGAGUGUCUCAAAGAUUGAUGAGCGGAGCUGCUUCCUGUACGUCCACUUCAACUCGGAUGACUUCCAGCUGUGCUUUCCCUCUGAGCUUCACUGUAAAGGUUUCUGCGAGCUGGUGAACUCUCUGCUUCAGCUGGCUGAGCAGCCCGACCAGGACCGAGACCCAGUGGCUCAGGGAAUCCCAGAGUACAUCUAUGAGACCAAUGACAACGGCGACAAGGUCAUCUUGGGUAAAGGGACCUACGGAGUGGUGUACGCUGGCAGGGACCAGAGCAACCACGUACGCAUCGCCAUCAAGGAAAUCCCUGAGAGGGACCGCACGUACUCCCAGCCCCUACACGAGGAAAUCGCUCUGCACAAGAGGCUCAAACACAGGAACAUUGUUCAAUACCUCGGCUCCGUCAGUCAGGACGGCUUCAUCAAGAUCUUCAUGGAGGAAGUACCUGGAGGAAGUUUGUCGUCCCUCCUGCGCUCCAAAUGGGGUCCCCUGAAAGACAACGAGGCCACCAUCAUCUUCUACACCAAACAGAUCCUGGAUGGACUCAAGUACCUUCACGACAAUCAGAUAGUCCACAGGGACAUCAAGGGGGACAACGUACUGAUCAACACAUACAGCGGAGUGCUGAAGAUCUCUGACUUUGGAACCUCUAAACGAUUAGCAGGCAUCAACCCGUGUACCGAGACGUUUGCUGGAACUCUUCAGUACAUGGCCCCGGAGAUCAUAGACCAAGGGCCUCGGGGUUAUGGGAAGCCGGCCGACAUCUGGUCCCUGGGGUGCACUAUUAUAGAAAUGGCCACAGGCAAACCCCCCUUCCAUGAGCUGGGAAGUCCUCAGGCAGCAAUGUUCAAGGUGGGCAUGUUCAAGAUCCACCCCAAGGUUCCGGAGUGCAUGUCCGACGAGGCGAAGGCCUUCAUCAUGAAGUGCUUUGUGCCGGAACCCGACGACCGGGCCUCGUCCGCCAAGCUGCUGAGCGACACCUUCCUCAGGUCGUCUCCCAGGAAGAGGGCCAAAGCGCCGCUGGAAUCGGAGCCCGUGGACUACGUCUCUGCUGCUGACUACCAACGCAGCCUGUCCGUGCCCGUCUCCAUCCUGGUGGAGGACACGGACUCGUUCUCGGGUUCCAUCGACCUGUCCUACUCGCUGGACCUCAGGAGGCACCAGUCCCCCCUCGGGGCAAGUGACCACUCCGAGAGCCCCCCCAGCACCAGCAGCCUCUUGUCAAUACCCGAGGACCCAUCAGACAUGAGCAGUCCCGCCUCAGCAGAUGAGAACAUGGGUCUUUUUAUGCUGAGAAAAAACAGCGAGAGGAGAGCCACGCUGCACCGAGUCCUCACCGACUACAUCAGCCUCGUCGUCUCCAACAUACUGGAGUCUGUCCCUCAGCAUGACCGAGGGACAGCGCUGACCGCAGACAACAUCACGGAGCUCAUCAGCUGCCUGCGGGACAACAUCCACACCCCCGACCGGAGGCUGCUGACGGGCCGCCUGCAGGCACUCCGGACCGCCAUGCGCUCCGCCGCAGUGUCACCCAGCAGCCUGCAGGCCGUGCUCUUCAGCUUCCAGGAGGCGGUGAAGAAGGUGUUGAGGCAGGAGCAGGUGAAACCUCACUGGAUGUUUGCUCUGGACAAUCUGCUGAGGCAGGCCGUGCAGGACGCCAUCACUGUGCUGCUACCAGAGCUGAAACUCCAGCUGCAGUCCUCAUUUGAGACGGAGGACAGCAAUGCUGAAGAGCAGUACGCCGACCCGGACACUCCUGUGGUUCUUGUCUCGGACGGCGUGUUUUCGCCAGAAGACACGGAGCAGCCGGCUUUCGCGUACGAGGUCCCGCACGCGCAAAGACCCGACUCGCCCCCAGACGGCAGCUUCUCCCUCAGUGAGAAACUGAGUGACCUGCGGCUCGAGACGGCCCGACUUCUAAGUCAGCUGAAUGAGAAGGAGAGAGAAUAUCAGCAGCUACUGAGGAACUCUGUCCAGAGGAAGCAGGAGCAGAUAGACUCACUGAGAAGAGCUGAAGCCACUGAGGACGGUGGGGCGGCCACGGAGAAAAGCUCCAGACCAGAAGCGAGGGCUUUGGUGCACUGGCUCAGUUCGGUCCCCGUAGAUCACAACACAAUCAAUAAGUUGCUCGCCCACGAGUUCACCUUGGACUGUCUCCUGUACGCCGCCUCCAGGGACGACUUGGUGAGCUGUGGAAUAAGAGGCGGCGUGCUGUGUAGAAUCUGGGCGGCGAUCAGCGCUCGUAGGAAGACCCCGCCGAGGACACACAAUGAGGACAGCGAGGACACGCUUCUUUAAUGGCUGCUGAUGUUGUGCAUCAAAGGACAGUAUUAUCUGAGGGGGGGGGCUGUCCCUGCAGGGACAAAAAGCAGGAUCCAUUCCAGUUGCCUUGUCUGUGACUCUAUUUUUCCUCCAAAGAUAUCGAACAUUUCAUCCGGUUUUAGGUGCAAAAAAGUCCGAUGUUUUUAUUUUUUUUUAAACUUUUUCUCAGGGCUUUGCCAAAUAAGACGACUGACUUAAUGUCUUUUAGAUUUCUCUACAAACACACCGAUAAAUAUGCAAGCUUUUUGGUGACAUUUUUUAUGGUAUUUCACACAAACCUCCAGUCAGGAUCUAAGUUAUUAUUGUUGUUGUACUGGGGGAAAAAACAACUUCAUUUUUACUGUAUAUGCUGUCAAAAAUCCUUAAUAAUAAACCUUAAUCGUUAAACCUUAAUCCUUAAUAAUAAACAAGAACCUCUUGGA